ACUUACUCGUCUAUACAUUAAUAUUUUUUCUACUUCUUAAUAUUUGUUUUAAAAUGUAUUACAUUUUUUAAAUAUAAGAAACACGAAAUAGAUCGAUUCAGUGUCAGUUUUAAAAGCAUCUAUGUAUAAUGCAGUCUUUUCUAUUACAUUAAUAACGUCACUACGGGAGACUAUGUUUGUUGUACGUUUAGUACGUGUUAUAAGCACGGUCACGUCUUAACCUCAAAAUCUGGUUCUUUAUUGAAGUAUUUCCUAUGCAUUUCAUUUUACUAACAACUAUCUAAAAAUUAAAAAGAUAUGCGUGUAAAUGCGAAAUUUUUAUUGAUAAAUAAAUAUUUUAACGUUUUCAAUCAAAUUUAAGAUAAUUUUGAAUGAUAAUAAAAAAGUGACGUUGACGUCAAGAAAAAUUUUUGUUAAGGUUAAAGUUUACAUAAACAAUUUCAAUUUCUGAUAUUAAGUUUUAAAAAUAACUAAAUAAAGUAAAAUGUCAGAUGAGGAGGAUUAUAUGUCAGAUAAAUUUUUGGAAUUAUCUGAGAAAUGCGCUACGCCAAGUCUAGUUUAUAGACACACGGAUAAAAGACAGUUUGAAUUAGAAAAAAAAAAGGCAGAGCAUGAAGCAAAAAUGAAAGAAAAAAAUAAAUCGAUACAUUUAAUAGAGCAUGAAAAACGAGAAGAGGGCUUGUCUAAUGCCAUAACAAGUAAUAACAAAGGUUUCGCAUUGCUUAUGAAAAUGGGAUAUAAGCCAGGACAAGGUAUCGGAAAAACAGAAUCAGGUAUCAUCGAGCCAAUUGGGGUAGAAUUAAAAGCUGAUCGACAUGGGUUAGGCAAAGCACCAAAACAGAAAGUAAUCAAAAAGAAAAUUGUAGAUACACGAUUAGAUAAUUCACACAUGAAAGAUUUUCGAGAAAGAAUGGCGGAAAAAAAAUUAGAACAAAUGUUAAAGAUAGAUUUAUACAAAAGUCAGAAGAUUUGUCAACAACUAGAUACUAAAGCAAAUAUAGAAGAACCUCAGGAAUCAUGGUUUUGGUUAAAUGACACAGAGAAAGAAGAUGAAAGUGAAGAAAAAGAGAAAGACAAUAACGAACAAGAAAAAGAAGAAGAAGAAGAUAAAGAGAAAGAAAAAGAAGAAGAAGAAGAAGAAGAAGAACUUACUGUUAACGAAAAAUUAGAUAUUCUAACCAAAUAUUUACGUGGAAAGUACUUUUAUUGUAUUUGGUGUGGUGUAUUAUUUGAUAAUGAAGAUGAUUUAAGGGAUAAUUGUCCAGGAUGUACAAGAAAUGAUCAUUAGAAAGUACAUUAAAAAAUAAAAAAAUAUUCAAUUAAAUAAUUUAAUAGACUAGUUUUAUACAUUACACUGUUGUUUAACGUUACUAAACGUAGAUACGAGUUACACAGGAUGACAAAAUGUUUUAGUAAAGGCAGGCAAGUUCCUUCGAUACAGUUACCCCUACCAUGUAUAAAAACAUAAAAAAGCUAUUAAAUACAUGAUGCAAAAUAUUCUGAAAAUAGUAUAUCAUGCUAGGAAAUCAAGCACAUUAUAGCAUAAAAGCUAGAAGUGGUUACAAUUGCUAUUAAGUCUUAGCAGGGGUUCGACACCCCAAGCUGUUAAAUGCUAGAGGGUUACUUUCUUAUAAAAGCAAGUGUUUCCUUUUCUCUGGUUUCAUUUCUCUUUUGUACUUUGAUCAGAUCUUUACUAAAAGAAAACUAA